AUGAUGGCUGACGGUGAAGUUGUAAACUACAUGAUCAUUCUGAGUUCAAGGAGUGCUGUCAAGGUCUUUACGAGAAAUGGUCAAGUGCAGCUAGCGUCGGAGCUUCAUUUUGCGGUAGGGCCUAUUGGUCGAGCGGCUAACGCUGCAACAAUCGUUGGGCGUGGUAGUGUUGUACCAAAUUACUCAUACAGACAUAGCAAGGGAUUUUACGGUAGCAUUGGUCUUAGUGGCGGUGUCAUUUGCACGCGCAAGUCGCUGAACGCGAGGUGCUAUGGCCCUCGGCAGAUUUUAGGUGGAGAAGUAGCGUGUUCGUUAGCUUUGCCACUUUGGAAAGGGCUGGACAAGGCGCCUGGUAUCCAGCGUGAGUACGUAAACGGUUUUCCCGUUCUGGCACUCACGUAUACUGGGAUAGCAUGUGAUUCAUGUAGCCAUAUUCACUUGUCCAGGACAACCCGUAUGCGUGUGCAAACUGCGGAAAUUUGCUGGUCUACAGUGUUAGCGUGCACUCAGGAAGGCUUAACACGAGCCAAGUCAUUGCAUCAACAUUGA